UCCCGAGGUCAAAAUGGGAGAUGCCCUCAAGGGCCGGUGUCUUGCAGGUUUAGAUAUCACCCUCUUCAUUACCAGGUUUCUGGAGAACUUCAAGACAUAUUGAAGAGAUAAUUUAGCAAUUUAAAUAAGAUGUGUUGGAUCAAGGUCAAAUCUAAAACCUAUAGGACACCAGCCCUUGAGGCCUGGAAUUCCCCAUGCCGGCCCUACACGUUCACAAGAACAGGGUGGUCUUGGCAGCAUCAAUGUAAAAGAGCCGUUUCAUGGGUCAUAUGACUCUUCCACCGCGCAAAGUGACCCCUAUGAGUGCAACAUUUUAUUAGAGAUAUUACAUGAUGAUGAUAAAAUUCUGAUCAGAACUUUCUAAAUACCUUAAAAACUAACACUGUUUGUGCAGAAAAUCAUUAAUAUGAUGAUUUAAUGCACAUGAUGGGAAAACAAACAUUUUAAUUAAAAUUGUAUAACCAAGCUCUCAGUGCUGCUGUUUAUGUCUUAAGGUGAUAGGUGCCCAUCAGAGCUCUGGAAAUAUAAACUGGAUCCUUUUAAACUUUAAAGCUUACAAUUCCAAAGCCUAAAAAAACAACAAAAAAACCAUCAGUUUGACAUAGAUUAGAUUCAGAUUAGAUACUUAUAACAAAAUCUGUACUUCAUUUAGUGGCUUUAAGGACGGCUAAACAAAACAUAUAAAAUGUAUUGCCACAUCAGAUAAUCUAUAUCACACUUAAUACAUGCUGUAAAAUAGAGAAUCAGUGAAAACAUUGUUGACAAUUUUUGAAGACCCGGUAUUUUGAUAUAACUUGCUCCAGACAGUUAAAGCUUUUAUUCUCUCAGCUGCAGACUUAGUGCAGUUUAAGGGUUUAACAGUAAAGACUGAAGUCAUGGCAGGAUCCUGUAACCUAUGUAUAGAGGCCUAUACAACAAAGCUGGAUUUUGACUUAUGCAGGUACCUUCAGGAAUAACCUUGGAUUUCUGUACUGUGAAGGUGAUUCACUUCUUACUUUUUACUAUUUUCUGGAGAACUGAUUGUUCAGUAGGUGGUGAUUUAGUAUCUGUUAGUCUCUAAUCUGAAACUUGACCUGCUUUGGAUGAUACACAGCAAGUGAGCUGGGUCGCAGGGUUAACCCAAGGUUCAUCCUGAAGUCCUGGAUAAGCUAAACUCCUGGUUCAUACUACAGGCCACUGAUUAUGUUGAACCCCUUAUUUCAAUACAAACAUGAUAGUUUCUCAGUGAACUUGGACUUAUAAUGUCUCAUAAUGACUCAUAACCUAAUGAGGAAGGAUCGUGUUAUCAAAUUAGUAUUUCAAGGAUGCAUUUUUCUGCAGCAGGUGCCUGUUCAGAUAUGUCUGAGGAGAAGAAGAGGAAGCUUUCAACAACAGCUUCUGAACCUUGUGAGCCGUCAGCCAGUUCACAGAAAAGUGUUGCCGAGUCCACGGGUCCCAGAUGUGUCUCCAUUAAGAGUGAUCGAUCCAGGAUUCAACCUCUCGUCUUUAGAGAUGAGGAAUCAAAAUGGAAACAUUUACAGAGUGCAACGGAGUUCACAUCUGAAAGUUCCGUUUCUGUGCAGAGCGAUGAACCCACUCACCAGCAGCUCAGUUAUCCCAAUGUGGAUCCAAACAGCUGUCUAAUGUGUAAGAAGGUUUUGAGGGAUCCAGUCCACUUCAAGUGUGGACACUGGUUAUGCAAACAGUGUGUGAGCUCAAACUGGGAUCAAUCUGGCUCACAUGCAGAAAAUCUCUGCCUGAGUUGUAUUGAGAAAUGCCGCCUUAAGAAUGUUGAAAGCACAGGGAACAUCCUCCUUGUCAAAGUAAAGGAAAAUUUGAAAAAGGCAGUGAAAAAGAAAUUUGCUCUGACAUUUGAAGGUAAUGGUGACCAAGAAAAUCUACUCCAGAACAUCUACACAAUGUUGUUCAUCACCACCGGAGAGAGUGGAAGACUAAAUGAAGAGCAUCAAUUCAAAAGUAAAUGGAAAACGCAAUCAUCCAAUGACUGUUCAGUCAACCUCAGUCACAUAUUCAAAUCAUUUUCUGCCCAAACCAAACCCCACAGAACAGUUGUGACGAAGGGCGUUGCAGGCAUUGGGAAGUCUCUGGCUGUACAGAAAUUCAUUCUUGACUGGGCCGAAGAGAAGGAAAACCAAGAUCUUGACUUUGUUUUCAGUCUUGCUUUCAGAGAGCUGAAUUUGAUUUCAGGUGAAAAAAGCCUACAUGAGCUCCUAACUUUAUUUCACCCCACACUGUCAGAACUCAAAGAUUCAGUGGAUUAUACCAAAACCAAGAUUGUUCUGAUCCUGGACGGUCUGGAUGAAAGCAGGUUUCAUCUGGACUUUGAAGGCACUGAGACAGUAUCAUCUGUCAAGGAAGUAACACCUGUGAGUAAUCUCCUAGCAAACAUCAUCCAGGGUAACCUUCUUCCUGAUGCAAAUCUCUGGAUUACUUCCCGUCCAGCAGCAGCCAAUCAGAUCCCUGCAGAACAUGUUGACAUGGUGACAGAGAUAAGAGGUUUCAAUGAUCCUCAAAAAGCUGAAUACUUCAGGAGGAGAUUUAGUCAUGAUCCUGGUCUUGCUGAAAGGAUCAUUAAACAUAUUCAGUCUUCACAGAGUCUCGACAGCAUGUGUCAGAUCCCGAUCUUCUGCUGGAUUUCUGCAGUGGUAUUCCAGGAAGUCUUUGGAGGAGAUGUUGAAACUGCAAUUCCUCAAACUCUUACAGAGAUGAUGUCACACUUCCUGUUUGCACAAACAAAGCGUAGAAGCAGAAAAUAUGACAAGAAGGUUGAGACAAACAAAGAAAAGCUUCUGAAGACACACAAAGAAUUUCUUCUGAAACUCGGCAAGCUUGCAUUUGAGCAGCUGCUGAAGAGCAACCUCAUCUUCUAUGAGGAAGACCUGGAAGACUUUGGCAUUGACAUUAAAGAAGCAUCCAUCUACUCUGGAUUUUGCACCACAGUCCAUUUGGAAGAACAACUCUUUUCCAACAAAAGGGUCUUUUGCUUUGUGCAUCUGACCGUACAGGAGUUCUUUGCAGCUCUCUUUGUCUAUGACUGUUUUAUUAACAAUAAUACUACAGAACUUAAAAACUUCCUCAUUUUGGAGGACAAAGACCAUACGUUACUUGAUCUUGUAAAGGUGACAGUUGACAAAGUGCUGGAGAAGAAGAAAAAUGGCCACCUGGACUUCUUCCUGAGAUUCCUUCUUGGCCUCCUGGUUGAACCCAACCGGAGAGUCCUUCAUGGUCUGCUGCCUUCACCAGAUCAAAGCCAAGAUACCGACAAGAAAAUCUUGACUUACCUCAAGUCUAUCAGAAGGAAGAACCUCUCUCCAGAAAGCUGCAUCAACCUUUUCCAGACUAUGAUCGAGAUGAGAGAUCACAAAGUCAAAGAUGAGAUUCAGGAAUAUCUCGCACUGUCAGAUCGCUCAAAAACAGAGUUGACUCCCCUGCACUGCUCUGCACUGGCCUACAUGCUGCAGGUAUCAAAGAAUGAUUUGGAAGUCUUGGACUUGAAGAGUUACAACACAUCAGAUGAGGGCAGACGGAGGCUGAUACCAGCAGUGAGGAAGAGUAGAAAAGCUAUGUUAGCAGAUUGCAAAGUGACCUCGGUGUCAGCUGAGCAUUUGGCUUUUGCUCUCAAGUUCUACUGCUCAUCCCUGAGAGAUCUAGACCUCAGUGACAAUGACCUGAAAGAUUCAGGGUUGAAGUUACUCUGUGAUGGACUAUCAAGUCAGUGCUGCAGGCUGGAGAUACUCAGGUUAUCCGGUUGUCUGGUCACAGCGACAGGCUGUGCAUAUCUGACUUCAGCUCUACAGCUCAACCCGAUUCAUCUGAUAGAGUUGGAUCUGAGCUACAACCACCCAGGAGACUCUGGAGAGAAGCAGCUGUCUAAGCUGAAGAAUGAUCCUCGAUACAAGCUGAGCAAACUCAGUGUUGAACACGGUGGAAGUCACAGAAUGAAACCAAGCUUCAAGAAAUAUGCCUGUGAACUCACUCUGGACUCCAACACAGCACACACAAACCUGCUUUUCUCUGAUGGGAAUAGAAAGGUGACCUGGAUGGAAGUUGACCAUCCACAUCCUGAUCCCAAAAAACAGCAGGUGCUGUGUGAGCAGAGCCUCAAUGGGCGCUGCUACUGGGAGGUGGAAGUGUUUGGCUUUCUAUGCGUUGGGAUUACAAUCAGAAGAAGAGGCACAGAAGGAAAGAAAAAUGAGUUUAAGAUGGGAUACGAUGACAAAUCCUGGUGUCUGGUUUUCUCUGAUGAUGGUUUUUACAUUCUGCACCGUAACAAGAAAGUAGACGUGCCUUCAGCUGGAUGGCGCUCCAGUCGGGUGGGUGUGUAUGUGGAUUGUUCAGCUGGCACGCUGUCCUUCUACAGGGUUUCUAAUGACAGCUGCAUCCUCCUUCAUAGCUACAAAACAGCCUUUAACGAACCCCUUUAUCCUGCUGUUGAGCUUCACUCUCAGUCGUCUGCUUCAUUUUGUCAGCUAACCUAAGUUUCACCUGCAUCUGCAAGUUCUGUCCAUCAGUUCCACACAUUAAACUGCUUUUACGAGUAUCCCAUUGUUUUUCCAUGUUGUCCUAAUGAAGUUCUAGGUCAUGUUUCACCUAUUGUAGCUACAUGGUAUUCUUUAUUUACUCUCUUUUUCGAAUAUUUUUUUAAUGAUCUGAAACAGUUAAGUGUGACAAAUAUCCCCCACAAAAAAACAAAAACCCAAAAACUAAGAAAUCAGAAAGGGGGAAAUACGUUUUUCUGUGCAUUGUAACUGCAAUCUGCACUCUUGCUGAUGAAUAUGUUUGGUAGAUUUACAUAAUAUUUUCAACUACUAAGUCAUUCUUCAAACAAAAACUGUUCCAACGUCUCCAAUGUGACAAUUGGUUACACUUUCCCUGUUUUGUAUUUCUCUAAAUUUAAAAAUUAAUAUUUUAUGUUGCUUGUCAGAAACAAUGUCAGCAUUUUAAGUGGGCAGUUCUGUUUCAUGUAUUUUUUGUAGAACUUAUUUGUAUUUGCUUCAAACUCAAAAUCAGGUCUAAACCUCUGAACUCCUAAUCUGUAACUUUGAAUUAGCAAUUUACUCACUUUGAUAAUUGAACAUAGUGCCAAGAAAAAUACAUUCAAUGUAAAUGAGCCUGAUUUCACAAUUACAAAGUAGGAGAUUACAUUUUAAAAAACUGACUGACAGUGCAUAAAUUUAUGAGUACAACCAUCUACUGCUGAUUUAAGUAAAGAGCAAGAAGAUCUACAGAGGAGAACACAACCAGCAGACCCAGAACAUGCACACACAGAACGUUUCUAACCAGAUGCUGGAGCCGAACUCAGGACUGCUGUGAGGCUUGCUACUACACCACCAUGCUGCCCACAUUUGACAUGCAGAAUGUAGAUAUUGGUGGCUGUAUUAAUGUUCUUUUGUCUUCUUUUAUUUAGAAUUUACCUUUCUCUGUUUUAAAUCAAAAUGUGUGUGGCAACUCUGAGCAUCUUUUACAGCCUUUUCACUACAAAUCAGGUGUGUGUGUGUGUGUGUGAGAGAGGCUGUUUCAAAGGCGUUUAGUUUCUGUCCUUUAUUUUUACUUAGCUUGAAGCUUGUGUGGAACAAAUACUGUUUAAGUUAACAGAAGUCUUAGUAUCACAGGUCUGCAAUUAACACAAGCGAGGAAUUUAGUAUUUUAUUAAAUGAAUGUUAGGUCCUGGUUGGCAUGUUAUGGUCUGACAGUGAAAAAUAACCAGAAUUCAAAUGUGAGGUGAGACUAUUAGAUGUGAUUCAACAUGUACAAACUGGUGUCCUGUUUUAGAUCACAAAUGGCUGCUUGUUGAAAAAUAAAAUGUUUUUUUAAAUUUGCAGUGUAAAGCAGAAGUUUCUAAUAGUUUUGUCUUACUGAUGCUCAUUAAGGAAUAACUUCAGACGCUGUUAAAAAAAACUAGUUUCUCCCAUUACCAACACAGAGAGGUCUGAGGGAUCUUCCAGGAAUUAUGCCGCUAAUUUCCAGAGGCCUGAUUGGGCAUUAUCUCUUAUGUUGAACAUAACCUGGUCCACAGCUGGGCUGUUGUGGAGCACAGAACAGGUGCUACAAAGCACACCUGUCACAACAAAGCCCAGGUCACUUCAUCAAACAAGCUUUUUCUUUUCACAGUUCAGCAUGCAUGCAGUCUACUUGCUUAUACAUGCCAUCUAUACAGGAAAUGCACCAUUUGAAAGAAACACAAACACCACCUGUCAUUUUAAUCUGAGAACAUAAAAAACCUCCUUCAUUAAUCCAACCAUAUUAUUAUUGGCUCAUGUUUCCUAUAGGUCACUAACCG